AUGAAAACACCUGCCAGGAGGAAGCCCAUCUUGCUGCUGCUGGCUGCUGUGGCCCUCAUCUCCUGCCCAGCCUGGACUUCAGCCUGGGGAUCACCUGCCACCUUUGGGCCUGUCUUUGAAGAGCAGCCCCUUGGCCUGCUGUUCCCGGAGGAGUCCACAGAGGAGCAGGUGAUGCUGGCAUGCCGUGCCCGGGCCAGCCCUCCAGCCAGCUACAGGUGGAAGAUGAAUGGCACAGAGAUGAAGCUGGAGCCAGGCUCUCGUCACCAGCUGGUGGGGGGCAACCUGGUCAUCAUGAAGCCCACCAAGGCCCAGGACGCUGGCGUCUACCAGUGCCUGGCUUCCAACCCAGUGGGCACUGUUGUCAGCAGGGAGGCCGUUCUGCGCUUUGGCUUCCUACAGGAGUUCUCCAAGGAAGAGCGGGACCCUGUGAAGACACAUGAGGGCUGGGGGGUGAUGUUGCCCUGUAACCCACCUGCCCACUACCCAGGCUUGUCCUACCGCUGGCUCCUCAACGAGUUCCCCAACUUCAUCCCAACGGACGGGCGUCACUUUGUGUCACAGACCACAGGGAACCUCUACAUUGCCCGCACCAACGCCUCCGACCUGGGCAACUACUCCUGCCUAGCCACCAGCCACAUGGACUUCUCCACCAAGAGUGUCUUCAGCAAGUUUGCACAGCUGAACCUAGCGGCUGAAGAUCCCAGGCUCUUUGCACCCAGCAUUAAAGCCCGGUUCCCUGCAGAAACCUAUGCACUGGCUGGACAGCAGGUGACCCUGGAAUGCUUCGCCUUUGGCAACCCUGUCCCCAGGAUCAAAUGGCGCAAAGUGGACGGUUCCCUGUCCCCACAGUGGGCCACCGCCGAGCCCACCCUGCAGAUCCCCAGUAUCAGCUUUGAGGAUGAGGGCACCUACGAGUGUGAGGCGGAGAACUCCAAGGGCCGUGACACUGUUCAAGGGCGCAUCAUUGUGCAGGCUCAGCCUGAGUGGCUCAAGGUGAUCUCAGACACGGAGGCUGACAUUGGCUCCAACCUGCGUUGGGGCUGCGCAGCUGCCGGGAAGCCCAGGCCUACAGUGCGCUGGCUACGCAACGGGGAGCCCCUGGCUUCCCAGAAUCGGCUGGAGGUGUCAGCCGGGGACCUGCGCUUCUCCAAGCUGAGCUUAGAGGACUCUGGCAUGUACCAGUGUGUGGCAGAGAAUAAGCAUGGCACCAUCUACGCCAGCGCCGAGCUGGCCGUGCAAGCACUAGCCCCUGAUUUCCGGCAGAACCCCGUCAGACGGCUGAUCCCUGCAGCCCGGGGUGGUGAGAUCAUCAUCCCCUGUCAGCCCCGAGCUGCACCCAAGGCUGUGGUGCUGUGGAGCAAAGGCACCGAGAUGUUGGCCAAUAGCAGCAGAGUAACCGUGACUCCAGAUGGCACCCUUAUCAUCAGAAAUAUCAGCAGGUCAGAUGAGGGCAAAUACACCUGCUUUGCGGAGAAUUUCAUGGGCAAAGCCAACAGUACUGGAAUUCUGUCUGUGCGUGAUGCAACCAAGAUCACUCUAGCUCCAUCCAGUGCUGACAUCAACCUGGGGGACAAUCUGACCCUCCAGUGCCACGCCUCCCAUGACCCCACCAUGGACCUCACGUUCAUCUGGACCCUGGACGACUUCCCCAUCAACUUCGAUAAACCUGGUGGUCACUACCGGAGGGCCAGCGUGAAGGAAACCGUCGGGGAUCUGACCAUCCUGAAUGCCCAGCUGCGCCACGGCGGGAAGUACACAUGCAUGGCCCAGACGGUGGUGGACAGUGCAUCCAAGGAGGCCACGGUCCUGGUCCGAGGUCCGCCAGGUCCCCCAGGGGGCGUGGUGGUGAGGGACAUCACCGACACCACCGUCCAGCUCAGCUGGAGCCGUGGCUUUGACAACCACAGUCCCAUCGCCAAGUAUACCCUCCAGGCGCGCACUCCGCCCGCAGGAAAGUGGAAGCAGGUUCGGACCAAUCCUGCAAACAUCGAGGGCAAUGCUGAGACCGCCCAGGUGCUAGGCCUCACCCCGUGGAUGGACUAUGAGUUCCGGGUCUUAGCCAGCAAUAUCCUGGGCACCGGAAAGCCCAGUGGGCCCUCCAGCAGAAUCCGGACCAAGGAAGCAGCCCCCUCGGUGGCACCCUCGGGACUCAGCGGAGGUGGCGGAGCCCCCGGGGAGCUCAUCAUCAGCUGGACGCCCAUGUCACGGGAGUACCAGAACGGAGACGGCUUCGGCUACCUGCUGUCCUUCCGCAGGCAGGGCAGCACCAGCUGGCAGACCGCCCGGGUGUCUGGCGCCGACGCCCAGUACUUUGUCUACAGCAAUGACAGCAUCCAGCCCUACACGCCCUUUGAGGUCAAGAUCCGCAGCUACAACCAUCGCGGGGACGGCCCCGAGAGCCUCAUGGCACUCGUGUACUCAGCGGAGGAAGAGCCCAAGGUGGUGCCUACCAAAGUCUGGGCCAAGGGAGUCUCGUCUUCAGAGAUGAACGUGACCUGGGAACCUGUGCAGCAAGACGUGAAUGGUAUCCUGCAAGGGUAUGAGAUCCGAUAUUGGAAAGCUGGGGACAAAGAAGCAGCUGCUGACCGAGUGAGGACUGCAGGACUGGAUACUAGUGCUCUUGUCACUGGCCUGCACCCCAACACCAAGUACCAUGUGACCGUGCGGGCCUAUAACCGGGCUGGCACCGGCCCUGCCAGCCCUUCUGCCAAUGCCACUACCAUGAAACCUCCUCCACAGCGCCCUCCUGGAAACAUCUCCUGGACUUUCUCGAGCUCCAGUCUGAGCAUUAAGUGGGACCCUGUGAUACCCCUCCGAAACGAGUCUGCAGUCACUGGCUACAAGAUGCUGUACCAGAAUGACUUGCACCCGACGCCCACACUCCAUCUCACUGUCAAGAACUGGAUAGAAAUCCCACUGCCUGAGGACAUCGGUCAUGCCCUGGUGCAGAUUCGGACCACGGGGCCAGGAGGGGAUGGCAUCCCAGCAGAAGUCCACAUCGUGAGGAAUGGAGGCACGAGCAUGAUGGUGGAGAACUCGGCUGUGCAUCCAGCCCCGCACCCCGGCACCCUUCUCUCCCGCUCUGUGGUGAUGCUGAUGCUCUUAGGCUGCCUGGAACUUUGACCUCAGUGCCCACCUUCUGCGCUGGAGCUGGGCGCCCACCUCCAACAGACUCAGCCGCUGGCCCAGGUUCUUUCCCCAGUGCCAAGCGGGCCCAACACUGUGCCCAAGAGCUGUUGGCUUUCAAUCCCUACUUCAAACAGUGCCCUUUUGUAGGAGGUGGGAUAGCUCAUAUUCUGCCACAGGCCAGAACCCAUGUGGAUUGUUUUCUUUAAGUCACAAGGCACCGGGCAGUGACUUCAAGAUGAUACUGAAUCCCAUGCCUGGGUCCUGGAGGUGACCUGACUGGCAAACAGGCCUAUGGGAAGAAUGGGGCUUAACAGGCUUCUUUGGAGUCACAGAGCUGGCACCCCAAGACCCCGUCUGGAUCCUGCCACCUGAGGGCAGAGUUCCAUGCCUGGCACAACACUGGGAUCCUGGGGGCUAAAAUGGGACAAGGUGUAAGUGGCAGCAGCUGGCCCCAGGCUCUCCCCUGCAGCCUCUUCUAGGGGAGUGCACAGCUGGGCCUUCCACUGUCUUCUGUGAUUCACUGGAGUCUCCUACCUAUGUGGGCAGUGGGGGAACUGGUGCCUGAUGGCUGGAGCUAGGGCUUGCACCCUUCAGUAUCACAGGUAGGAGCUGAAAAGGGUCGAGAGGCUGAGACACCCCAUGGAAAGAGGCACCUGCCUUGCCUGCAGGCAGGGUUACAGUCCAGGUGAUGCUGCUCUCCCAGCCAACACUGCCAAUCCGCCCAUGACCCCCAGAGUGACAGAGCCACUUCUGGGGACUAAAGGGCUUAUCCUGGGGAAACCCCCACCAAGACCUACCCUGCACAGCCCCUGCAGGGUCUGGCCAGGAGACAGGGGCCUUCCAGGCACCUUCCAACCUUUGCUUCCAGCUCUGCAGGCAGACCUGGGCUUCUCCCACCUGCAGGCCCUGCCCUCCCAGCAUGGACGCAUGCCUGCAGAGUAAUGCAGCAUUAGCUCUGUGUUCUGGAGCUGGAGGCAAGGGCUCAGGGUGGCUCUGCUUGUACCCAGGAAUGGCCCGGAUCACCUAGCAAGACCUGCUCCCCACACUGCUUGGCCUGCUCUUUCACAUUUCUCUGGAAGAACAAGGGGUUAAUAAAUGGGAACUCCUACACUGAGCUCUGGAUACAUAGCCAGUCACAAACAUCAGUGCUAGAAGAGGUUUGAGAGCUCAAUUGCAGAAGCC